CUCUCUCUCUCUCUCAAUCUCUCUUUCAACCCCCAAAGUCAGCGUCUUUUCUCUCUCUUCCCCUCCAUCUCUCUCCACCCAACAUGCGCACGCAGGUGAAACAGGGGCAGACGCAGGUACACAUGUGAUUGAGUCAUUAACGGGGACCGAAAACGGUUUGUGGGAUUACCAAUCACGAGUUCCGAGGCCCCCCCGUUUGUUUAAUGGCCGACGGGUGGGAUUUGCAUGCGGUGGUGAGCGGCUGCACCACCGCCACCGUUAACGGCCAAACCAACAACGUUGAGGACCCGUUACCGGAUUUGGCUUCUCUCACCUUUACCAACGACGACGACACCCCGUUCUACUAUCCGGGUUUCGGGGAUAACUCGGAUUUCGAAUGCGAAGGUUUGGAACAAAUUUACCGGAGUUUUAAUUUCCUGAAGCCACGGCCAAACAACCCCUGUACUUCCUCAAUUUCCCCAACCCAACAAGAGGCGCAAUCACUACCGCCGCCGCCGCCACCACAAACGAUGGUGCAAGUGCAACAACUAAUAACUCCUCAGUUGAUCAAGAACUCUCGCGCCGGUUCUUCUCUCGCUUUACCGGCCACCGUUCGAUCUCGAAGAAGGAAGAAUCAACAGACGAAGUUGGUGCGUCAGAUGAGCCACGAGGAACUGUUGGGAGAUUCGUGGGCGUGGCGGAAGUACGGUCAGAAACCGAUCAAAGGUUCGCCGUACCCGAGGAACUACUACAGAUGCAGCACCUCCAAAGGUUGCGGUGCGAGGAAGCAAGUGGAGAAAAGCCCCUCCGAUCCCGACAUCUACGUCGUCUCCUACUCCGGCGAGCACACCCACCCCCGUCCGACGCACCGCAAUUCCCUCGCCGGAACCACCCGCGCCAAGUUCUCAUCAAGACCCACCGCCGCCGGAGCCUCGUCCGAACCACCCUCCGCCGUGGGGACCGUAGCCAACCCUCCCUGCUCCUCCUCGUCGCCCGUCUCCGCCUCGAGUCUUUCUCCCUCCACCCCGUUGAUCGAGGGCGAAAGUAGUGCCGCGCCUCCCGAGAAUUCCCUAACCGAAACUAUAGAGAUUUUAGACGACGAGGAAGACGAUGAGAUGGGGGAAACGGAGUGCGACGAGGUUGUUUUGAUACCGAAUACGGUUAUGAGUGAAGAUAUACUCAAAGGGUUUGAAGAACUCAGAAGAGCUAAUUCGGGUUCGACUCGGUUUCAGACUCGCGAUAAUUCGCUAUCUCCGUGGAACUUCUCCGCCGCCGCCGCCGGCGGUGGUGGUUGUUGAGUGGCCGCUAAAGUUGGACUAGUUUUUUUCUCGAGUCCACUUUUUCAUGUUUGUGCGCCAAGUGGAAUGGAGAGGAUAUUGUAGGAAGAAUCUCUUCCCUCUCCACCACCUUUUGACCUUCUUUUUUUUUCUUUUUCUUUUUCUUUUGCCUUCAAUUAAUUUCAUUUUGCACAGACAAUAUCAGCAACUGUUUUCAUUUUUGAAUUAGCUAAUCCCAUCUUCACUAUUUCAGGACAAUUU